UGUAAAGAAGUAAAGGGCUAAAGGCCAAACUCGAAAGUGAGUGAUUCCUGCAAGGAAACCUGAAAGCUGAAGCAUCAAAAUCGGAGAGAGAGAGAGAGAGAGCAGAGGGAAGCAUCCAGCAGCCAUUUCCGUUGCUCUGCUUUAAUCUUUCUGGUCGUGGACCUACCAUAAUAUUAUUAUGUCAAUUACAUCCCCCCUUUCUAUCUGCCCCAUCUCUUCCACGUCCCGUAAACUGCCCAGCUCGGGCUAUUUCUUUUCACCUCCCAUCAGUCGAUUCCGCUCUAGCUGCAUUACCAUACCUUCCACCUCUCUCCACCUUUCUUCCUUAUCCCGUCAAAGAGGCAAGAGAGGCACCGUCUGUUGCUCCUCCAUGCCACUAGAGCAGAUUUCCUCUCCACAGUUGCAGUGUAGCUUGUUAUAUUCGAGAGCAUACUGGGUUACGAGAUCUCUAAUUGCAUGGAACAUCGAUAUCGCAGAUGGUUCUUGCUAUCUCUACGCAAGUAGAACUGCUGGCUUAGUUGUUACGGAGGACGGUAUUCAAGGUCACGAGGUGAAAAUUAAGCUUGAAGUAGAAAACAGCGGGUUACCUUCCAAUGUCGUUGAGAAGUUUCCUCACAUUCGACAUAAUAGAGUUUUUAGAGUCCCAACUUCUGUGGAUGUCAAGAGCCUUGUCAAAUGCCAGUUAGCAGUUGCUUCUUUUCAUUCUGAUGGGCAAUGCAGUAAUGCCACUGGUUUACAGUUACCUGGUGUUAUAGAUGACUUAUUUGCAUAUGGUGGCCCACUUGGUGCUGUGUUUACAAAAGAAGCUGUAUCACUUUACCUUUGGGCACCUACUGCUCAAGCAGUAUCGGCUAUUAUCUAUGGUGAUUCAUCAGGCGGUGUUCCCUUAGAGAGUGUCCAGCUUGAGGAGGUUGAUGGUGUUUGGAGUGCUCAUGGACCAAGAAAUUGGGAAGGCUGUUAUUAUGUGUAUGAGGUCUCUGUCUACCAUCCUAGUACCUUGCGAAUUGAAACAUGCAUGGCGAACGAUCCAUAUGCUAGAGGGCUCUCAUCAGAUGGCAAACGGACAUUGUUGGUCAAUCUUGAUUGUGAUGCAUUAAAACCAGAUGGAUGGGAUGCUUUGGCAGAUGAGAAACCCAAGCUUUCUUCUUUCUCUGACAUCAGUAUUUAUGAGUUGCAUAUAAGAGAUUUCAGUGCCAGUGACCAAACAGUGCAUCCUGAUUUCCAUGGUGGUUAUCUUGCUUUCACCUUACAGGAUUCUGCUGGUGUGCUCCAUCUAAAGAAGUUAGCUUAUGCGGGUCUCACACAUGUGCAUCUGCUGCCAACCUUCCAAUUUGCUGGUGUUGAUGAUGAGAAGAAGUGGAAGCACGUAGACACCGAUAUGCUGGCCACAUUACCACCAGAUUCGGAUCAGCAACAAGCUCGAGUUACAGAAAUUCAAGACGAUGAUGGAUAUAAUUGGGGAUACAAUCCUGUUCUUUGGGGAGUCCCCAAAGGAAGCUAUGCAAGCAAUCCAAAUGGUUCAUGUCGUACAGUUGAGUUUCGGAAGAUGGUACAGGCACUUAACCGAAUUGGUCUUCGUGUUAUAUUGGAUGUCGUCUAUAAUCAUUUGCAUGGAAGUGGCCCACUUGAUGAUUACUCUGUACUUGACAAGGUUGUUCCAGGUUACUAUUUAAGAAGGAAUUCUGAUGGAUGUAUUGAGAACAGCACAUGCAUAAAUAAUACUGCUAGUGAACAUUUUAUGGUAGAACGUUUGAUUCUUGAUGAUCUUCUCUGCUGGGCGGUUGAUUAUAAGGUUGAUGGUUUCCGGUUUGACUUAAUGGGACAUAUAAUGAAAAGUACCAUGGUAAAGGCAAAGAAUGCUCUCCAAAGCCUAUCCAAAGAAAAGAAUGGAGUUGAUGGUUCUACGAUCUACAUAUAUGGUGAAGGAUGGGAUUUUGGUGAAGUUGCUAAAAAUGGCCGUGGAAUCAAUGCAUCACAAUUUAAUCUUUGUGGGAUUGGCAUUGGGAGCUUCAAUGACCGGAUACGAGAUGCAGUACUUGGGGGAUCUCCAUUUGGUCAUCCACUUCAACAGGGUUUUGUGACUGGCUUAUCUUUGCAGCCUAACUCACACGACCAUGGUGAUAAAACUUCCAUGGACCACAUGCUUGCAGUGUCACAGGACUACAUCCAGGUUGGCAUGGCUGCAAACUUGAGGGACUUUGUUUUAACUAAUCAUGAAGGGGUAGAGGUGAAAGGAUCUGAAGUUCUAACUCAUGACCAAUUGCCUGUUGCAUAUGCUUUGUGCCCCAUCGAAACUAUUAAUUAUGUCUCUGCUCAUGACAAUGAGACCCUGUUUGACAUAGUGAGCAUGAAGACCCCAGUGGAAAUUUCUGUUGAUGAGAGAUGCAGGAUAAAUCAUUUGGCAACAAGUAUAGUAGCACUUUCACAGGGAAUACCUUUUUUCCAUUCUGGUGAUGAGCUAUUACGCUCUAAAUCACUUGAUCGUGACUCAUAUAACUCAGGCGAUUGGUUCAACAGGCUAGACUUUAGCUAUAACACGAACAAUUGGGGUGUCGGUCUUCCUCCCAAGGAAAAAAAUGAAAAGAACUGGCCAUUGAUUAAACCACGGUUGGCAGAUCCAUCCUUCAAGCCUCAGAAAAGACACAUCCUUGCUGCUGUAGAAAAUUUCUCAAACAUGUUAAGGAUUAGGUAUUCUUCACCACUUUUCCGUUUAAGGACAGCAAAUUCCAUCCAGAGAAGAGUACGUUUCCAUAAUACUGGUCCAUCAUCAGUCCCUGGGGUCAUUGUGAUGAGCAUUGAAGAUGGAUAUGAAGGGAUGCCAGGGUUAGCUCAACUAGAUCCCAUCUACUCUUGUAUCGUCAUCAUCUUUAAUGUAUGCCCAACAGAAGUCUCAUUUGGGUGCCCUGCACUGCAGAAAAGAACUCUUAAACUGCAUCCCGUACAGUUGACGUCCACUGACCAGAUAGUCAAAAACUCAAAGUACGAAACCUCCUCCGGGAGCUUCAUUGUGCCACCAAGGACAACAUCAGUCUUUGUGGAAAGUCGUGACAUUUGAUUGAUUUGGUGAUAGAAUUCAGUUUAUCAAGAAUCAGAACCAGAACCUAAAGAACAGUAUUAGAUCCCAAGGGUCAAGCAGCUAGCUAAACAUUAAAAAUGGCAAGUUCAUUCCUCACCUUGAAAAUGGAUCUUGACCUUGAAGCUGUUUCUCAUCAGAGGAAAGUUGAAAUAGUCUUAUCUGAGGUUGGAGUGAGAGAAGGAAGAAGCUAAAAUAAUGUACAUAUUGCUCAAGAGGAAUAAGCUGCUGAACCAGUUCACGCAUCUUGCUAGAAUAAAGCUAAUUGUAAAGACUCCUGGUGAGCGGAGCACAAGAAAUACAUCAUUAUCUAGAGUGCUUCCACUGUAUUAAUUAAGGUACCAAAGUAGAAAUUCUUUAUUUUGUGUUUUAUUUGGAACAAAAUCGCACUAAAAUGUCUAAAACUAAUGGAAUAAAGGAAAACCACUCUUAGUCUCUUACUGAUUGGAUGUCAAACGUAAAAAUGCUAAAUUCAAUUUUGUGCUUUUUUUUA